AUGCACUGUAAAAACAGCAAAAUGUGGAGAUUGAAGAUAGCUGAAGGGGGUAACAAUCCAUACCUGUACAGCACAAACAACUUUGUUGGUAGGCAAAUAUGGGAGUUUGAUCCUAACUAUGGAACUGCAGAAGAGCGUGAGGAGGUUGAACAAGCUCGUCUCCAUUUCUGGAACCAUCGACACCAGGUCAAGCCCACCAGUGAUGUCCUUUGGCGCAUGCAGUUUUUGAGAGAGAAGCUAUUCAAACAGACCAUACCUCAGGUGAAGUUAGAGGAUGAUGAAGAGAUCUCUUAUGAAAAAGCUACCACCGCCUUGAGGAGGUCUGUUCACUUAUUUGCCGCCUUGCAGGCGGACGAUGGCCAUUGGCCAGCUGAAAAUGCUGGUCUUUUGUAUUUUAUGCCGCCAUUGGUUAUAUGCUUGUAUAUCACAGGCCAUCUUAACAGCGUCUUCUCAGCAGAACACAGAAAAGAAACUCUUCGGUACUUAUAUUGUCAUCAGAUGUGGCCGAUUAAUGUACAGAACGAAGAUGGUGGUUGGGGACUUCACAUAGAAGGUCCUAGCACAAUGUUUUGCACCACCCUCAGUUACAUUUGCAUGCGUCUUUUAGGAGAAGGGCCUGAUGGUGGUUUGGAUGGUUCAUGCACCAAAGCAAGAAAAUGGAUUUUAGAUCAUGGCACGGCGACAGCCAAUCCUUCUUGGGGGAAAACUUGGCUUUCAAUCCUUGGCGUUUCAGAAUGGGCAGGAAGCAACCCAAUGCCCCCAGAGUUCUGGAUCAUCCCUUCCUUCAUGCCUAUGCAUCCAGCAAAAAUGUGGUGUUUCUGUCGACUGAUAUACAUGCCAAUGUCUUACCUAUACGGAAAGAGGUUUGUUGGUCCAAUCAGUCAUCUGGUUUUACAAUUACGAGAAGAAUUAUACGCACAGCCCUAUGAUCAAAUUAAUUGGUUUGGUACAAGACAUUUGUGUGCAAAGGAGGACCUAUACUACCCUCAUUCUUUACUACAAGAUCUAAUAUGGAACAGUCUUUAUACUUUCACUGAGCCAAUCCUAACACAUUGGCCACUCAACAAGUUGCGGGAGAAAGCACUCAAAACAACCAUGGAUCAUAUCCAUUAUGAAGAUGAGAAUAGUCGAUAUAUCACAAUUGGUGCUGUGGAGAAGGCUUUGUGUAUGCUUGCAUGUUGGGUUGAGGAUCCAAACGGGGACUACUUUAAAAAGCACCUUGCCAGAAUCCCAGAUUUUUUAUGGGUUACUGAGGAUGGGAUGAAAAUGCAGACUUUUGGCAGUCAACAAUGGGAUGCAAGUCUUGCCAUUCAAGCUUUGUUGGCUACAGAUAUGACCCACGAGAUUGGCCUUACCUUGAAGAAGGGACAUAAUUUUAUUAAAGCCUCACAGGUUAAGGACAAUCCUUCGGGUGACUUUAAAAGCAUGUAUCGCCAUAUUUCUAGAGGGUCAUGGACCUUUUCAGAUCAAGACCAUGGAUGGCAAGUUACAGAUUGUACUUCUGAAGGGUUGAAGUGUUGCCUUUUAUUGUCACUGAUGCCCCCUGAAAUUGUCGGCAAAGAGAUGGAGCCUCAGCAACUUAGUGAGGCUGUCAACAUUAUACUUUCCUUAAAGAGCAAAAAUGGUGGGAUGUCAGCAUGGGAACCAGCAGGAUCAUCAAAAUGGUUAGAGAUUCUCAAUCCUACAGAACUCUUUGAGGACAUUGUCAUUGAGCAUGAGUAUGUUGAAUGCACGUCGUCAGCAAUGCAGACCCUGGUUAUAUUUAGGAAUUUGUAUCCUGAACAUAGGAGGGAAGAAAUAGAUAGUUUUCUUACAGAUGCAAGUGGAUACCUGGAGAAAAUGCAAACGCCAGAUGGUUCAUGGUAUGGAGAGUGGGGUGUAUGUUUUAUAUACGGUACCUGGUGGGCUCUUGGAGGACUAGCAGCAAUCGGGAAGACAUAUGAAAAUUGUCAGUCAAUCCGCAAAGCUGUCAAUUUUUUGCUGAAAACACAGCGAGAGGAUGGUGGUUGGGGAGAAAGUUAUAGAUCUUGCUCUGAAAAGACAUACGUAGUUCUAGAAGGAGGAAGGUCCAACUUGGUACAAACUGCAUGGGGUAUGAUGGGACUGAUUCAUUCCAAGCAGGAAGAGAGAGAUCCAACACCUUUACACAGAGCAGCCAAGUUGUUGAUUAAUUCCCAGAUGGAAAAUGGUGAUUUUCCACAACAGGAAUCAGUUGGAGCUUUCAAGAAAACUUGUAUCUUGCACUAUGCACUUUAUAGGGAUAUCUUUCCAAUGUGGGCUUUAGCUACAUACCGUAAGCAAGUACUACAAAAGCCCACGGUUUCUAUGCAACUAGACAUGCUUCCCUUUAAAGAACUAGGAUACCUUUACAAUAUGAGAUGA